AUGGCGAAUUUGUAUGUGAAGGCGGCGCCAACGACGGAUCUGAACAGGAACACGGAAUGGUUCACGUACCCAGGGGUGUGGACGACCUACAUACUCAUAGUGUUCUUCUCCUGGCUGGUCGUGCUCUCCGUCUUUGGUUGCUCUCCUGGCAUGGCUUGGACCAUUGUCCACCUCUCUCAUUUCCUCGUUACGUAUCACUGCUUUCAUUGGAAGAAAGGAACACCGUUUGCAGAUGACCAGGGUGUCUAUAAUAGGUUGACCUGGUGGGAACAAAUCGAUAAUGGCAAGCAGCUCACUCGCAACAGGAAGUUUCUGACUGUUGUACCUGUGGUGCUAUUUCUUCGCAUGAGAUCUUCGAUUGGUCGGAAUAUUUCUAAUUUGGGUCUCAGAGAUUUCUUUGCUUGA